AUGACAAAGGAGACCACACCACCUCCUCCAGAUACAGCCACGACAUCCGUCCACGAACCCCCUUCUCUUCCUGCAUCCCCGCUCCCUAAGCGAACGAAGACCACAGAGAACGACGCCUCCUCUACACCGAACAUCGCCUCCAUCAUGACCCUCUCCAAUGGCAACGGCACUGCUGUCACCUCCAUCUCUCAGCCCCAGCCUGCGCUCCUGGUGAAGAAGCUGGUCGAGUCGGCGAAGGCGCCUACUCGUGGCUCAGCCUUUGCUGCUGGAUACGACCUUUACAGUGCAAAGGAGACCGUCAUUCCAGCCAAGGGCAAGGCACUCGUGGACACCGGGCUGGCGAUCGCUGUUCCUGAGGGCACAUAUGGUCGCGUUGCCCCUCGAAGUGGACUUGCUUCCAAAUACUUCAUUGACACAGGCGCUGGUGUUAUCGACGCUGACUACCGGGGCGAAGUCAAGGUCUUGCUCUUCAACUUCUCCGACGUAGACUUCACAGUCAAGGAAGGAGACAGAGUCGCUCAGCUUGUUCUGGAAAGAAUCUACACUCCGGAGGUUUUAGUAGUAGAGCAAUUGGAAGAGAGCGUUCGCGGCGCUGGAGGAUUCGGCAGCACUGGAAAGUAA